GUUUUUCUGCAGGAAUGUGUGUGAUUUGCGGGUCUGCACCGGGGAGGGCGACGGGAAGUGAGGCCGCCUCCCCUUCAGUAUAAAACCUCCCAGUCCACCCCGACUCUUCCUCUUUCUGUUACCUGGCUAGGGGCAGCAGUUUUGGCCGUGAAAACCCAGAAACACCGAAACUAAAACAAUGGGAAAGGAAAAGAUCCACAUCAACAUCGUGGUCAUUGGCCAUGUCGACUCCGGCAAGUCCACGUCCACCGGCCACCUGAUCUACAAGUGCGGAGGCAUCGACAAGAGGACCAUCGAGAAGUUCGAGAAGGAAGCCGCCGAGAUGGGCAAGGGCUCCUUCAAGUACGCCUGGGUGCUGGACAAACUGAAGGCCGAGCGUGAGCGUGGUAUCACCAUUGACAUCGCUCUGUGGAAGUUUGAGACCAGCAGGUACUACGUGACCAUCAUUGAUGCCCCUGGACACAGAGACUUCAUCAAGAACAUGAUCACUGGUACCUCCCAGGCUGACUGCGCUGUGCUGAUCGUUGCUGCUGGUGUUGGUGAGUUCGAGGCUGGUAUCUCUAAGAACGGACAGACCCGCGAGCACGCCCUGCUGGCCUUCACCCUCGGAGUGAAGCAGCUCAUCGUUGGAGUCAACAAGAUGGACUCCACUGAGCCCCCUUACAGCCAGGCCCGCUUCGAGGAAAUCACCAAGGAAGUGAGCACCUACAUCAAGAAGAUCGGCUACAACCCCGCCACCGUUGCCUUUGUACCCAUCUCUGGAUGGCACGGAGACAACAUGCUGGAGGGCAGUGAAAAGAUGGGCUGGUUCAAGGGAUGGAAGGUUGAGCGCAAGGAGGGCAAUGCCAGUGGAACCACACUGCUGGAGGCUCUUGAUGCCAUCCUGCCACCUGCCCGCCCCACCGACAAGCCCCUCCGUCUGCCCCUGCAGGACGUCUACAAAAUCGGCGGUAUUGGAACUGUACCCGUCGGUCGUGUGGAGACCGGUGUCCUGAAGCCCGGCAUGGUCGUCACCUUCGCUCCCCCCUGCCUGACCACUGAGGUCAAGUCUGUGGAGAUGCACCACGAGUCUCUGCCCGAGGCUGUCCCCGGCGACAACGUUGGCUUCAACAUCAAGAACGUGUCCGUCAAGGAAAUCCGUCGUGGAUACGUUGCUGGCGACAGCAAGAACGACCCACCCAAGGGAGCAGACAACUUCAACGCCCAGGUCAUCAUCCUGAACCACCCUGGCCAGAUCAACGCAGGUUACGCCCCUGUGCUGGAUUGCCACACAGCCCACAUCGCCUGCAAGUUCAGCGAGCUGAUCGAGAAGAUCGACCGUCGUUCUGGCAAGAAGCUUGAGGACAGCCCCAAGUUCGUCAAGUCCGGAGACGCCGCCAUCGUCAAGCUGAUCCCACAGAAGCCCAUGGUUGUGGAGCCCUUCUCCAGCUACCCUCCCCUCGGUCGCUUCGCUGUGCGUGACAUGAGGCAGACGGUGGCUGUCGGUGUCAUCAAGGCUGUGGAGACCAAGGAAGUAUCCGGAAAGACAACCAAGGCUGCAGAGAAGGCCCAGAAGAAGAAAUGAAUGGUCGUGCAGGACAUCCAGCAACAAGAUGUGUGCCGGCAGCAGCGGGCCACCCCUUACCCCCUUCAUCCCCCUUCUGGAUCAUCUUCUUUGAGGCAAAGUUCUCUACUCAAGGACUGGCUUAUGCUGAUUAAAACCCAUCGCAAAAGUUUUCGCAGGAAAAAAGAACUACGUGGUAUUGUCACUUACCUGAAUCACAUGACAGUGCUUCUUCUCAGUUAAGUUUUAAGUUGGAAAUGGUUUAGAACUGUAUCUUGAUGUUAAAAAUGCCACAAAUUUAAUUGGAAAGAAAGCUGCUGGUAACUAAUAAAAUAAAUGUCUUUGAAAAAAUUGA